AUGGCAUCUCCCUUGGAUUUCAUUGUCAAUCCAUUACUGUGGACUGAUAUGGUCGAGAAAUAUCGAGCCACCAUUACUUCUGCCCCUAACUUUGCCUAUGCCUUGCUCCUCAAGCGCUUGGAGCAGGCCAACAGGAAAGCGGACUGGAGUUGGGUGAAACGUGUCAUGUUUGGUGGGGAACCCGCCCAAAACAAUGUUGUGGAAGCAGUGGCAAAGACUCUUUUGGUCAAGCCUGAGCAUGUUUACAAUAUCUAUGGCAUGGCUGAAAUGGUUGUGCUUGUAACUGGAGGGCCAGCUAAAGCAGACUCCCAAGGCCUUGUCUGCUGUGGAGAAGUUGACUCCCCAACCCUCAAGCUACGAAUUGUCCAGGAUGGAAAAGAGGUUGAAGAUGGACAAGUUGGAAGUAUCUGGGCCCAGUCACCCCGAGUUGCUGCCGGAUAUUAUGGACAGUCUGAGCUAACCACCGCUACCUUUGCCAAUGCAUUGCCUGGCUAUGACGGCACCUGGCUUGACACUGGUGAUUUGGGAAAGAUCGUGGAUGGGCAGCUGUACAUCACUGGCAGAAUCAAAGAUGUCAUCAUCAUCAAUGGAAAGAACUACUACCCAACUGAUGUAGAGCUCUCUAUUGAUGAAACUUUUGGUGACAUAAUCCGUCCAGGAAGAACCAGUGCUUUUCAGUAUGGAGAUGCGAGUGUUGGUAUCACUGUGGAGGGCCGCAAAGGUUUUGACAAGUCAGAUAAUGAGGAUUUGGCUGUUCAAAUAGCCAACCAUGUAUCCCAAGUGCAUGGACUUUCAGCUUCUGAGGUAGUGGUCCUCAAGUUGGGUGUAACACCCAAGACCACCUCUGGCAAGCUGAAGAGGAGUGAGAUUAGGCAGACUACAAUUGUUGGUGACUGGAAGGAAUCUUCAAUGCUCUUACAGUUCAAGCGACAAGGAAACUCUGUUCCAAUUAUUGGUGUUUUCGAUACCGGCCUUGCCAAAGCAACUUUUGGUGGCUUCCCAGGAAGCACUGAUGAAGCUCAGUCAACAAACGCGGAUCCCAAUGUAGAUUGUGCUGUUGCGGCAUCUGGACCUAUUACAAACCCAGGUGACUUCUCCACAGUGUAUGCUGAUACACUCAUAUCUGUCUUGGGGGGUCAUAUUGACACAUCCAAGACUUGGACAGAAAAUGGACUCACCUCCCUUGUGAGUGCUGAGCUCAGGAACCAGGUCGAGGAAAAGCUGCAUGUGGUGCUCCCAGUCAACUUUGAACAGCUCUACCCAACACUAAAUGCUCUAUCGUUGUUCUUGUCAGCAUCUAAGAGCAUGAGUUUUCCCAUCAAAGAAGCUUGUAUUCAUUCCAAUCUGUGGAACUUGCCAAGAUCUAGGCUGAGCAAGCCACAGCUUGGAAUACUGCAAACCCUGGGAUCAGUGAUGAUUCUCCUACUGUUUCUCAGUUCCAUUCUUCCUUCCUACUUCCUUGGCUCCUGGGUAAUGGACCACUGUGGAUCAGCCAAAGUUGGGGAGUGCAACAGCCCUGUUGUUUGGCUUCUCUUGCCCCUUUCCUUCCCUCUGUACCUGAUCUCUUUUUCCAUCAUUGUGGUUUUCUGCGAUGAGAUUCAGUCAGGGUAG